AUGGCGACCGAAAUUCACGACGCUUAUGACUCUGUCCUCAUCCUCGACUUCGGUUCUCAGUAUAGUCAUCUGAUUACCCGGCGAUGCCGCGAGAUCAACGUUUAUUGCGAGAUGUUGCCUUGCACGCAGAAGAUGGCCGACCUGGAUUGGAAGCCGAAAGGAAUCAUUCUCUCCGGAUCUCCGUUCUCGGUCUACGACGAAGGAGCACCGCGUGUUGAUCCCGCCGUAUUCGACUACGGCGUGCCGGUGCUUGGUGUCUGCUACGGUCUCCAGGAGAUCGCACUGAACCAUGGAGGAAAAGUUGACCCUUGCACACAUCGCGAGUACGGGUUCGCGACUCUGGAAGUCGUCAAGCUCGGUGCGGGGCACGAGUUGGCCGAUAAGCUCUUCGAAGGGAUUUGCGGGGAGAUGCAGGUGUGGAUGUCGCAUGGCGACCAGGUCACUGCACUCCCCCCGCACUAUAAUGUCAUCGGAAAAACACCGACCGCGCCGUACGCCGCUAUCGCCCACGAGUCCAAGCCGAUAUUCGGCGUCCAGUUCCAUGCGGAAGUCACGCAUAGUCCUAGGGGUAAAGAGGUGAUCAAGUCCUUCGUGCUGAGUAUCUGCAAGUGCAAGCCGAACUGGACGAUGGAAACAUUUAUCGAUAAGGAGAUUGCCCGUAUUAGACAGAUAUGUGGUGAGAAAGGUCGCGUUAUUGGUGCUGUGAGCGGGGGGGUGGAUAGCUCGGUGGCCGCUAAGCUUAUGCAUGAGGCGAUUGGGGAUCGAUUUCACGCUGUAAUGGUAGACAACGGCGUACUGCGAGAGAACGAGGCUAUACAAGUGCACAAGAUGCUAUUUGAAGACUUGGGUGUCAACCUCACCGUCGUCGACGCUUCCGACCGCUUCCUCACCAAGCUCGAAGGUGUUGAAGAUCCCGAACAGAAGCGAAAAAUCAUCGGAAACAUGUUCAUCCACGUGUUCGAGGAGGAGGCAGCAAAGAUCGAGGCGGCUGCGGAGAAGGAGCUGGAGGAAAACCCGAAAGCGGAGGCGAAGGGGAAGAUUGAGUGGCUCUUGCAGGGAACGCUUUACCCUGAUGUUAUCGAGAGCAUCAGCUUCAAAGGACCGAGUGCGACGAUCAAGACACAUCAUAACGUUGGAGGUCUGUUGAAGGACAUGAAGCUGAAGUUGAUUGAACCCCUGCGCGAGCUUUUCAAGGACGAGGUCCGCGCAUUAGGCAGACUCCUCGGUAUCCCCGCACAUCUCGUUGGCCGUCACCCCUUCCCUGGUCCGGGCCUCGCGAUCCGCAUCCUCGGACCUGUCACUCGCGAGCAGGUCAAAAUUGCCCAAAAAGCGGACACGAUCUAUAUCGACGAGAUCCGAAGGGCGGGUCUGUAUGACCAGAUCAGCCAGGCGUUUGCGGUCCUCCUGCCUGUAAAGGCUGUCGGCGUGCAAGGCGAUAAGCGGACGUAUGAUCAGGUCGUCGUCCUCCGCGCGGUGCAGACGGAGGACUUUAUGACUGCUGAUUGGUAUGUGUUCCCGCCCGAGGUGUUGCGGCGUAUAUCGUCGCGAAUCACGAACGAGGUUGCUGGCGUGAACCGCGUCACCUACGAUAUUUCUUCCAAACCUCCGGGUACUGUCGAAUGGCUGUGA